GUCUCAGCCACCUGCCUGAAGAGGGGGUGAAGCUGACUCGCUGCGAAAUCUACCAAACUUUGCCAUUUCGGGCUGGUCGCAGAGCUCCGCGCCCGGCUGGGCAUGAGCUGGAUGGCCAGAUGCUGCCCGAUCUGUGAAGAGUUUUUAUUACUGGGUUCACAACAAGGCACUUCAUCCAAAGCAUUUACACCAGAGGUGCGUAAAGCAGGAUAUGGAGGAUCAGCUCCAUUUUGCUUGUUGCACGUUGACACCUGAUGCUGCCGACCUUAGUCCUUCACCUUAUCAGGAAGAUGGCCUGCAGACUAAUGAGAGCACAGUGACCUCGGCUCAGCUGGGCAGAGCUAUGAACAGCGAGCUUGAUGUUAAGGGGGUGACUCUUGACUCGGGAGCCACUACGUCUGAGGCCUUUUCUCCAACACCACCACUGAAUGUUGAGGUGGCAAGAAGCUCUCACCCCAACUCAAUGAGCGGGUAUGACUUUUACUGGGACUGCGGACAGUACCAGGCCACAAACGCGGACAUCCUCAAAGAGAAGGUGCUGCUCUCCCAGCUGCCAUCUCAAGGACAGCACCAGCCAAAUGGCCCUUUUGAAGCUGCUAUCAAAGAUAUCCCAAUCGAGCCUUCUUCCAUACCCAAAGCACUGAAGCUGUAUGAUGACAGGACUAACAGUUCCGGGAGUUUGGAUUUUGAUCCCUACAACUUGUGUUCUCCUCAGAAAAUUCAUUUUGACAUGGUCCACGCAACGCCAUCUUUCUCCCCAAGCCCCGAGCUGACGCGGAUUAUGGUUGAAGAAGUUCACUCCUUCCCUUAUCCCUUUGAUCACCAGUAUGGACAAUGCAACUCACAGCCACACUUAGUGGAGCUAGAGGAAGCCGACCUGGAUCUCUUCUGUGGCAAGGAGUACGAAGACGUCGUGGGGAUACUGAAUAAAGAGUCAGAGAGCAGGGAGAGUUGCGACAACGAUGUUAGUGGCUGCAUCGAGCCAAAGACCGAGGAACUGAAAGUGGACACAAGCCAGGACAUCCCCACCCAUAUAUUCUUCAGUUAUGAUGGCAACCAGUCUCUCGAGAACUCUCUAAACUUCAACGUUCCGCUGAAGGAAAUUCCCCACGACCCAGCCUUGGUGGAGCCGUCUACCUCAUCACAUCACAUGGGUGAGGUUAAUAACAAAGCGAGUGACUGCCAGAGUGCAGAAGUGAAGAUGUCUCUGAAACAGGAUGUCUCUGCCUUCUCCCUCACUGACUCAACACUUGCUCCUUCUUUUGAAAGUUUGAACCUCUUCAAAUCUUCACUCAAUGAAACUCAGACCUCAGCCUCACUUCUAAUGACUGCACACACACCGUCAUUGAGGAAAGACUCGGACAAUGAAGCUGAUGCGGGCAAGGACCACGAUACUGCAGCAGAGAAAAUCCUGUCGAACCUGGUCAUGUCAUCUCUCAUGCUGUCUGAUAUCGAAGGUGAGAGAGCUGCUGCCAGCACCAGCUCUCUGGAAUCCUUCACACACUUCAGAAAGCCUGUGAAGAAGGCACAGACGCAAGCAGCUUUCCCAGUGACAUCUUCCACGCCGUCCUCUACCAAGGGUCAGGGCAAAUACAUGCGUAGAAGAGUAACUGACGAAAGCGAGUUGCGCAUUCCACUGCAAUACGGGUGGAAACGUGAGAUCAGAAUAAAGACUGUGGGAAAUCGUCUGCAUGGGGAAACAACCUAUUAUGCUCCCUGUGGAAAGAAGUUGCGUCAGUUCCCCGAUGUCAUUAAGUACCUGAUCCGAAACGGGAUAACAGAACUCGGUCGGGAACAUUUCAGCUUCAGUCCCAGGAUGAAUGUGGGAGAGUUUUUUGAAAUGAAAGAAUCUCCUGAGGGCGACCAGUGGUAUAAGCUCAGUGCUGAAGAAACCCCUUUGCGGAUUCAAGCUAUGAUGAGCAGACGGGGACGGCCGCCAAAUUCCAACAAGCAGUGGGUCCAGAAACUGUCCCUGCUCAAGCGGGGUAAAGGAAAAUCACGAAAGACCAGGACAGUGACCCUCCUUGACAGCAGUGAUGCCAAACUCAUGAAAAAACUUGAACAGCAAGCUGUUCUGAAUCCAAAAGAGACGCAGAUACUGAAAGCAUUGAUGAAUAAAUUGAAGCAAAAGGGGUCAGCUAAGAUGCAAAAGGCAAACAGGAUGAAAGAGGAGAAGGAGAUGAAGAGGCAGCAGAAACUGAAGCAGCAGAGACUGCAACUCCUGCACGAGAUGAAGAAACCCACCGAGGACCUGUAUCUGACUGAUCACAAGCCUCUACCAGAGUUUAACCGCAUUGCAGGCCUGGUUCUUUCUGGCCGUGCCUUUUCGGACUGUCUCACAGUGUUUGAGUUCUUGCACACCUACGGCAAGGUGUUAGGUUUCAAUGUCCUCAAAGACAUGCCUACCCUGAACACACUCCAGGAAGGUCUGCUGAACGUUGGGGACACAGUGGGCAGUAUCCAGGACCUGCUAAUCAAAUUACUUCACAUUGCGAUAGUUAAUCCAGGAUUGCCUAAUCAAUACCAGUCAAUUACACUUCUAAGGGAGCGAAUCCGUGAUGUUCAGAUCACCAGGAAUAAUGUGUCGGAAGUGCUGCGGAUUUUCCUGGAAGCUUACGGUGUGGAAACAGAGUUAUGUGAAAGUCUGAAGAGCAAAUCGUUCCAGGCACACUCUUCUGAGAAAAAGGCUUCAGUGCUGGCCUUCCUCGUCAAUGAGCUGCUGGAAAACAGCUUGGUCAUAAGGGAAAUUGAUAAAAACCUGUACCAACGAGCCAACAUUCGGAAGAACAAGUGGAUUGUGGAUGGCAAACUCAGGAGGUUACGGAGAACUCUGGCAAAGAAGAAAGGAUUUGAAAAGCUCAAAAGCAUCAUGGAAGACAGGCGGCGGAAACAAGGAAUCAGUUCUGAUGUUGACCACAACAGCACAUCUGUGGGCAGUGGAGACGAAGAGAGGGUGAGGGAGAGUACCAGAGGCAAAUCGUCAGAAAAGAAGACUGAAGGAAUUAAGACGGAGCAUGAACAGCCAUCUACUAGUGUGUCUGAACUAAGCUGUCAGAUUGAGAAGCUCAGUAAGCGACAAAUCUUUUUUGCACGGAAGCUGCUUCAAUUCUCCCAGAAACUACGUGCCUUGUUAUUGGGGCGGGACCGCUUCAGGCGUCGCUACUGGGUUUUUCCUCACCUUAGUGGCGUGUUUGUGGAAGGCUCUGAGGAAUUGGCAGCCACUGAAGAGGGGAAUGUGGAAAAGAACCAGCCCCAGCAUCUCGAGAGCGCCCCAGUUAAAGUGCACGUGGGCGAUGCACUGAGUGCGAAACCCAGCACUCCGAUUAGGCCAAAGGAUGACCAGCGGAGGAAGUGCGAGGCUAACCCGGCUGCCCCAGAGAGCCCAAAACGGCAGCGGGCAAACGUCAAAUGCGGCAGCGGUUUGCAGCAGGAGGCACCUCCCGCUGGCCAGCCUCACUCGAACCUUGAACAGUUGGCUGUGUUUUUAGCGUGGCUGAGCGUCCUGCAGAACUCCGUGUCCGACCUCUCCAUCCCGACACCUCAGUGCAGCACCAGCAAAGACAGCCUGGCUGCCUUCUCCCCGGAGGUCCUGCUGGCCAGCAACCGCAAGCUGUUUGAUCUCAGCGUUCCAAGCUCAGAACAAAAGGUCAAGGACUGCGCUGAGAAGCAAGGGCAGUGGUUCAGCCUUCUCCCCAGAAUCCCCUGCGACACCUCGUCUGUUACCCAACUCCCAACUUAUCCACAACCAGCACUACAGCAUCAGUCCUACUUCGUGGACUCGGAUCCAAAUGGACUGGACUGUGGUGCACUGAAGCCACCUGCCGCUGCACAGCCAUUUACGGAAGCCCCAUUUGAUACACAGUUCAUAGACCCUCUGAUUCUUGACCCUGCUUCUGGGACCUCAGGCUCCACCUUUCCCCAAGCUAAGACCCCCGCGACCAAGGAAAAGGUCAAACCUCAUCCGACUGAAGGCCUUCCUCAGGCUGAGAGUCCUUGGCCGGUGUUACCUAAACGACGUGGGCGGCCAUCAAAAUUCCUGAAGGAGUUCAGUCAGUGCCAGUUGAAGCCAAUUCCACCAGAGAUGCAGAAAGGUUGGUGGCACAUUGGCAGCCCGGAGGAGCUGAAUUGCCUGCUCAAAGUGCUUCAUCCACGGGGGAUACGGGAAAAGGCCUUACACAAACAGCUCCUCAAGCACAUGGACUAUGUCAAUCAAGCCUGCAUGAGGGAUAACACAGAUAUCCUCUUCAGCAACAAUAACGAGGAACAACUAGUUACCAAGGAAAUGGUGGAGAACUGGAAACCAGAGAAGUGGGCGAUUUUAGCCGACCUUGAGGUCCUGCAGUACCUUGAGGAAUUGGAACAGAGGGUGAUAUCUGCCAGUCUGCAGGUGGAGGGCUGGUCCUGUCCAGACACAGAUUCCACCCGUGACGACCUGGUGUACUUCGAUCAGAAGUGCCUGACCUCCAGUGAAGGCAAAGUAAAAGACGAGGAAGAGAUGGAGCUCAUGCGGAGAAAUAACAACCCCCUGGAUUUAGCUGUGAGCCGUCUGGUGACAUUGGAGCUGAACAUAGAGCGGCGGUAUCUGAAGGAACCACUCUGUGCCGCUGCCGCAAGGAAACUGGAGCCCACAGCAACAGCAAGUAAAGCUGCUGUCAAGGGUGUCUUCGAGACUGAAGUGAACAGCAAUGAAGGUUCGAUCCCUCCUGGACUGAGCUUGUGGCGGGAAACCUUACUGAAGUGCACAAACGCUGCUCAGGUAUUCAUGUGCAUCCAGCAGCUGGAGAAGUCCAUCGCUUGGGAGAAGUCUGUUCUGAAAGUGUCAUGUCAGAUCUGUCGAAAGGGAAACAAAGAUGAUUUGCUGCUGCUGUGUGACAACUGUGAGCAGGGCUGCCACACCUUCUGCCUCAAGCCCAAGAUUGUUGAGAUCCCUGAGGAGGACUGGUUCUGUCCGAUCUGCAUCAGCAAGGCGAACGGCCAGUCUGUCAGGCCUAGGUUGUCACGGAGUAAAAUCAAGCAGAGAAGAGACAGGAAGCGUCCUGCAAGAAAGGCAAACAGCCACUCUGUCGAGCCUGGAUCGUUACCGACUAAAGGCAAGCAGAGAAGAUACAGGAAGCGUACCGAAAACACAGUCAGUAAUGUCAGGGGUGUGGAAUACUGCUCUGAGAAAAGGAGAAACAAAAAGAGGAGUAAUUUUCCGUCACCUGGAAAUGCACCUGCUACCAAGAGAAGGAGAAUCUCAAUCAAAAAUGAUCCGAAGGACCUCGCACUGUGCGAGGUUAUCCUCAUGGAAAUGGAAUCCCACGAGGAUGCCUGGCCCUUCCUGCACCCUGUCAACCCACGAAUGGUGCCUGGUUACAGAAAGGUCAUCAAAAAACCCAUGGACUUUUCCACCAUCAGGGGCAAGCUCAUUGAAAGGAAAUACACAAGCUGCAAGGAGUUUGCUGCGGAUGCUCAUUUGGUGUUCGAUAACUGCCUGAACUUCAACGAAAACAGCUCCGAGAUUGGGCAGGCAGGGAAUGUGAUGAAGAAGUUCUUUGAGAGUCGAUGGGCUGAGUUUUAUCAUUCAAGCUAGUGUGUCACCAGGAGGUCGGGGGAAAAGGAGAUGGUAUAGAUCAUGGUAAAACCCAAUAACACUGCCUCUCACCACUGAAGUUCUGUGUGACUUGGUGACUGCUUAGGACUGGAAACAACACAGGUUUUGACAGUUUCUCUUGGCUUUCUUUGGAUUUCAAUCCAUGGUAUUUUUUAAACAAAAACCUAUCUUCAAUGUGUCAGUCUUAGCUUUUAGAUGCCAAGGUUGAAUAUAUGGAGUAUGGAUAUGACAAUGAGGAACGUACUGUAGAUCUCCCAGUACCACUUGAUUUUGCUGGAGAUCUCGACAGUUAAACAACAAUUGGUGUAAAGCCACCACUCAUUAGUUUCACUAAAGGGUGAGAAUAAGAUGCUUAACUAGGAACAUAGCAAAUUAAUUAUAUUGUUCAUUACAGUUCCUCAAAUUCAUUAAUUAGUGCUGACUGGGAUUUAAAACUACACACUCUCUCCCUCCUGGGCUGGUUAUUCGUGUCACUUUGUCACACCAGGAGCUUUCACUGAAAUUGUUUGACACUGGUCCUCCCCAACCCAAGAGAUUCACUCAUUUCCCUAUCGAAACCUUUGUUGAAGAUGACUUGUGAAGUCGACAUUGUGUCACUGUCAGGGGCAUGGCAGGCCAACAUUUGUUUAGUCUGAACUGUGUGAUCUUUGCUUUCACAUUUGAGGAAGUACAGGGGCUGGAGAGAAGGCAAACCAAAUGUAACAGCCAAGGGCUGUGUGCCAUAGACAUAGUUUGACUCUAACUCACGUUGUCUGAGGUCAUUGCAGGAAACAUUCCACCUCCCUGAAGCAGCAGCUUCCCAAAAUCCCAUCCAAAACAUUCCAGAGACCCGCCAAAUCUUUCUUUUGGUCUGACCCUCUCUCCCCUCCCCACCACCCCUAGCCUUCCCAAAUGAUACAGACAUCCUCACUCACAAGUGAGAUAAGCAGUUCAAAGAGAUGAAAGGGAUAUAUUUACCAGUAGGCUCAGAUUUCGCUAUUAUCUAUUUAUAUUUGUGUCAUUUAGUAAAUAUUAUUAUUUAUGUUUUAUGUUGUAGUUUUGCACUGAGCUACAGUACUGUACUAUGUGUUCAAGGGCAGUCUGAAACAAUGAGUUCCCAAUCUGGGCAUCGGAAUGGCGCCCUGCAAAUCCUUUUCCAUUGAAAUCCUGGGCCAACCAUAACCAUUACUGCAAACUUAGUUAGAUUUUCACCAAGCUUCAUCUGUAGCAAUAGAGCAAUAUUCUUUUCCCCAGGGAUGAACAUGAAUGUCAUACCUCAGACUCAAUCAGGAAUAGUGGAAUUUAUUUUAUUUUCUGUCACUACAUUUCUUCUCCUCACUCUCCUUCCCCCCCCCCCCCCCCCCUCCUGACUCUUAAAAGUAAACAGAAGUUAGUCAAAAGAGAGAACAGUGCAUUGGCACCUAACUGGGACUCUCUUACUGAAUCAAACACAGCCUCCUCGUCCCUCAGAGCACUCACUACAAUAGAUUCAGUACUCAUUUCAUUGAAGGCCAGCCCGCAGCAGUGUUGUAAGCACUGCAUUCACGGGACCUCAAUGCAACAGUCUUUGGCACUGUGCAACUUGUUGCCAAUUAUGUUGUGUACCAGUGACAGGUUGUUGGAAAGGGAAGCAGGUUUCGGAGGAGCAGUGAAUGUGUGUGCAUCUGGAGAUCGUAUACGGACUGCUCCUGAUAGGUGAUAUAAAAUGCAAAUGAUGUGGCUGCAUUGUCUGUCACCCGCUGUGGAGUAGGCGUGUUUGCAGUUAACAUGAUGAAGCUUGUGCCAGACACGCUUGUGGCAAUUGAUGGUGAUUGAAAAAUUCCUCUUAUUUUAUAAGGGAGACAAAGAAAACAAUCACUUUUGAGUUUGUAAGUGGCAACUGACUGCUGUGCUGCUCCCUGUGAAACUAAAUAUAGCAAAUCAGAAUGAGAGAGAAGAGAACAAGUCUUUCAAUUGGUCAGUUUCAGUGCAACGUCUGGUUACAGGAGGUAGGUUAGCCUUUGACCUUUCACUUUUCAGAACCGAUGCCUAAAUCCAGCCCAAAGAAUAUCGGAAAAUCAAAAUAAAAACUGCAGAUGCUGGAAAUCUGAAAUGAGAACAGGAAAUGGAGUCAUAGAGUCAUACAGCACGGAAACAGGCCCUUCAGCCCAACUCGUCCGUGCUGACCAAGGUGCCACCUAAGCUGGUCCCAUUUGCCCGCGUUUGAUGCUGGAAACACUCAGCAGAUCGGGCAGUAUCCAUGGAGAGGGAAUCAGUUCAUGUUUCAGGCUGAAUUGAAGACCCUUCUUCAGAACUGGGAGAGAAAAACUGGGAGUUUUAAAUUGCAGAGAAAGUGGAGGGAGGAAUGGAUAGGAAAAAGGGAAUAUCUGUGAUAGGGUGAAACCGGGUCAAAUGGGUUAAUGUACCAGUUAGGAGCAGAUUAUGCAGUCUGUGUUAUAUGUAGCUAACAGCAGGGCUGUGGGACAUGCUGCUUAAAGUUUCCAUUAGCUCAAAGCCUUCAAAUUGAGAUUGCAUAGCCUUAACCCAAUCCCCAACAUACAGGGGCCCACAGCACUACAUUAACAAUCUCACACAGCCAGGCUACGUGCAAAAUGGAAAAAUGCCAUUGGUGUGGUUCGGAGACCUUGGGGGUAAGGUACAUUUUCACAAUCCUGCUAAAAAUUAGGCAAAAUCUCGGCAGAGAAAGGUUGUUGGACCCACUGGCCUUCAUCCUGAAGAUGCCUUGGGCAAAGAAAACAGCUGUAACAGCCCUGAGGGACCCUCAUGGUGGACCUGACCUUGUAGCAGCCUCCUCCCUGCAAUAAAACCAGGAAGUGCAUCUGGGGCUUAAUGUUUCAGAUCAAUGAAACUUCAUUGGAGCUAAUAAAACAGGUUCUCACGAAAAGAUAUUGACCCAAAAUGUUUCUCUUUCCUCCGACACUGUGCUUCUGUUUUUAUUUCAGCAUCUGCAGUUGUUUGGUGUUCAAUUACUCUCUCCCUCCACUCUGGCUCCAAGCAUCUACCUGCUGGUCUUCAGUGGAACAGUGAUUCUGAUCUCUGGGGCCCUGUGCUCCUGGCUGAGCCCUCCCAGCACUUGCAGGCUGCAUCCUGAGAUCAGAAUCUUCCUCGAAGCCUUCCAUGCAUUCAGGAUGAAAUAUGUCCCAGAAGGAAGGAGAAAUAACCCAUUCUCAAACAGAAUCAAUCCUUGCACAGAAAACCUAUAGGAAAUAAUAUCUGAAAACAAUUUAAGUCAACAUGGAAAUUAGGACAAUGGGUCAGUCAUUUAUACAGGGAACAGACUGGUCUGUAUACGAAGAAUCCAUUCCAUUAUUCCUUUUAGCAAAGGGAGCAUCUUUAUAUUUAACAUUUGUCAUUGCCACUGUUUUAUAAUGUGCACUUACUUUGUGACUGACAGUUAAUUUGUUUCAAUGUAUUUUUUAGGACCAACAACCUUCCUCAAAGGGAGCUAUUAAAUGAGAGAAUCACUGAAUCGUGCUGUGAUGAGUGUUGUAGUGGGACAUAGGAAAAGUUCAGCAGAUUGAUUCCUGGCAUGGAGAGAGAUUGUUCUGUGAGGAGCUUAAGCAGACUGGUCCCAUACACUGGAGUUUAGGAAAAUGAGAGAGAGUCUCAAUGAAAUGUACAAAUUCUUCCAGGACUUGACAGAUACAGGAAUCAAUCUGGUGAACCUUUCCUGUUUUGCUACAUUCCCUCCUUCACAAGAAUAUCCUGUCUUAGGUAGGGGGAAAAGACUUGUAGGGAAUAUUUCAGAUGUAGUCUCACUGGGGCCUUAUAUAAUUUUAGUAAGGCUUCUGUACUCUUGCACUCAAAUCCUCUUGCAACAAAGGCUGACAUGUCAUUUGCCUUCCCACUGCCUGCUGAACCUGCAUUUUAACUUUCAGUGAUUCAGAGCUCCUUCUGAACACCACCACCUUUCAAUCUUCCAUCAUUUUAAAAAAGAAUCCACUUUUCUAUUUUUUCCACAAAAGUGGAUGACCUCCCAAUAUAUUCCAUCUGCCACGUCCUUGCCCGUUCACUUACCUGUCCAUAUGUUGGCGCCGGUAGCGUGGCGACACUUGCGGGCUGCCCCCAGAACACUCUACGCAAAAAUUGCAUUUCACUGUGUGUUUCGAUGCACAUGUGAUGAAUAAAGAUAUCUUAUCUUACCUUUUAUCCCCUGAAGCCCCUCUGCAUCCUCCUCACAGCCCACACUGUGAUCCAGCUUUGUAUCAUCACCAAACUUGGAUCUAUCACAUCUGAUUCCUUUGUCCAAUUCAUUGCUACAGAAUGCAAGCAGCUGGGCGCAAUACCCAAUCUCUGCAGCAGCCAACAUUUUUAGAAUAUGUAGAAAAGGGCCACUAACCCAGUAGACACAGACUUGGAAAUGUUAAAAUAUUUUGAGAACUUAAACCCUACAAAAUCUUGGUAAUGGAAAAGCAAUGGAAGCUUGUCUCCAGGUACUGAGGGCAGCAACAGUAGAGCAGCAGGAAACAUUGAGCUUUCUUUAUCUAAGGAAUGUUUUCUUUGUCUUCCUCUUCCGUACAUUUAUGUAACUCAUGAUGAAAGCUGAUCAUUUUAUAAAGUAGCAGACGAAGCAUUAAGUCUCUGCUCCACAGCCCAGGUGAAGACAUUGUCAGUCCUGGCGUCUACCUGCGCUUCUUGACUUUCGGAUCUCCUGGGUCCUUAACUGGUGUUUUCACAAACGGAAAUGUACCACACUUACAUGCACACACAUGCACGACAUUUAAUAAAGGCGGAGUGGGAAGGGAACCAUCCCGUUCUCAAACACUAUCAACCCUCACAGAGAAAACCCAUGAAAAAUAUUUGAAAACAUUAAUUUUAAGAGUCAAUAUGGAAAUUAGGGUAGUGGGAUCAGUCAUUUAUACAGGGAACAGACUGGUCUGCAUAGGAAGAACCCAUUCCUUUAUUCCUUUUACCAAAAGGAGCACCCUUUUAUAUGACAUUUGCUGUUGCCACUGUUUUAUAAUGUACAGUUUUUUUGUGACUGAAAGUUAAUUUCUUUCUAUAUAUUUUUAGGACCAACAACCUUUCUAAAAAGAAGCUAUUAAAAGAGAAAACCUCUUUGAAUCGUGCUGUGACGGGUGUUGUAAUGCAAGUGCAACUGUAGAAUAUAUUGUGAGUUAAAUAAAGUUACAUUAUAC